AUGAGCAACCCAAGGCGUGUCGUCAUCAUCACCGGGGCCGCCCAAGGUAUCGGCCGCGGCAUCGCCCUCCGACUGGCCAAGGAUGGCUACGGCCUCGGCCUCUUCGAUCUUCCGUGCGAGCAGACCAACCUAGUUGAGCUGGCUGCGAAGCUGAUGGACACACACGGGACCCCCGUCGUAAACGCCGUCGGGGACGUGUCCAACGAGGAAGACGUCGCGCGCCUCGUCGCGACCGUCGUCCAGGAGCUGGGAAGCCUCUACGCAAUGAUAGCGAAUGCGGGGAUCUCCAUCAACUCUGUGCUGCACCAAACGCCGGUGGCAGAUUUCGAACGUCUCAUGAAUGUCAACGUUAAAGGAACGUUUCUCUGCUACAAGUACGCCGCGGAGCAGCUCAUCAAGCAGGGCGGCGGCGGCCGUCUCAUUGGUGCCGCAUCCAUCGCCAGCAAGAAAGGCGGCCCAGAGAUGGCGGCGUACGCGGCGACCAAGUUCGCGAUCCGCGGCAUGACGCAGUGCGCUGCAAUGGAUUACGCCAAAUACGGGAUCACCGCGAACACUUACGCCCCUGGCAUGAUCGAUACACCUCUCCGGCGACUUGGAACCCCUGAAGACGUGGCGAAGCUCGUCGCGUUCCUAGUUUCCGACGAGGCUGAUUUCAUCACCGGGCAGUCGUUCUUCCAGAGACCCCUCAGAACCAUGUCCUCGUCCAGGCGCGUCGCAAUUGUCACCGGGGCCGCAGAGGGCAUCGGCCGCGCCAUCGCCCUCCGACUCGCUAAAGACGGCUUCGACCUCGGCCUGCUGGACCUCCCCCGUGCCAAAGAGAGGCUGGAGUCCGCUGCGAAGGAGGCGCGGAGUGCGCAUGGCGCGCGCGUCGUGGUCGUCUGCGGUGACGUCUCGAAGGAGGCGGACGUCGAGGGUCUUGUUCAGACGGUGGUGGAGGAGCUCGGCAGCUUGUACGCGAUGAUCGCGAACACGGGCAUAGCCCAGCUCGCAAUGUUCCACGACACUUCGGACCCACAACUGAACGACAUGAUCGACGUCAACCUGAAGGGCACCUUCUUCUCCUAUAAACACGCCGCGAUACAGAUGAUCAAGCAAGGAACAGGCGGGCGCAUUGUCGGCGCGUCGUCCGUGCUCGGGAAGAAAGGCGCUUCGUUGCAUAGCGUAUACUCGGCGACCAAGUUCGCCGUCCGCGGGCUCACGCAGAGCGCGGCGAUGGACUACGCCAAGUACGGCAUCAAUGUCAACGGCUAUGCCCCCGGGAAGAUCGACACCCCCAUGAUUGAGAUGGCCGACCGGAUGCUCUCUGAACAGACUGGACAGCCCCUCGGCUCGUACCAAGUACCGAGUCUGAUCGCUCGGUCUGGGACGCCGGCUGAGGUGGCCAACGUGGUUUCGUUCCUUGUGUCUGACGAUGCCUCGUUCAUCACUGGUCAAACGUACUCUGUCGAUGGAGGACUCUACUUCGACUAA